AUGGCUUCAAAGACGGCUGCGCAGGCAAUUAACCCGGCCGAUGCCGAAGAUCUCAAUACGCCACUCAAGAGCGUGCUCAACUUUCGUGAUGUUGGCGAGUUUAUAAACAGAGCCACGGGAACAAAGCGUUUGAAGACAAGAUUACUGUAUCGAGGUGCUCGACCAGACGAAGCAACAGUUCGGGAUAGGGAAAGACUUGUGAAGGAGUAUGGAGUCAAGAGCAUUAUCGACCUUCGAACAAAAACCGAACACAUCGAACAAGCCCAGAAGCGAGACGCCAAGAUCAAGGCGUCAGCUGCAAUUCCUCAAUCCAACGACGAUGUUGCCGGGCCGCUGAAGAUGCCCGAGGUCACGUACCACGAGAUCAACUUCAACGGCUCCGCCUUCUCGCGCAUGCUUAUCUCCAAGCUCACCUGGAUGGAGUUCUUUCGACUAGCUGGACUUAUGAUUUUCGGACAUCGUCUCAAUGCGAUCAAGAUCCUCUCGCCCCAUAUGGAGGCAAUGGGCCUCGUGGGUCUGGCAAAGAGCUCAAUAGACGUAUGCACCAAGGAAGUCAAACAGGUCUUUGAUGUGUUUGCAGACGACAGGAAUUGGCCUGUACUGGUCCACUGCACGCAAGGCAAAGACCGAACGGGCUUGAUUGUAAUGCUUCUCCUGUGGUUGGCCCAGAUCGACGAUGAGGUUAUCGAGGAGGAUUAUCUGCUAUCAGAGCCCGAGCUUGCACCAGAGAAGGAGUCGCGAAUGAAGGAAAUCGGCGCGAUUGGCCUAUCUGAGCAGUUCGCCGUGUGCCCGCCAGGCCUGGCCAAGGAGGUCCAUUCGCACAUCCAGGAGAAGUAUGGCGGUGUUGAGAAGUACCUAGUGGAGAAGGUUGGGGUUAGCAAGGAGACGCUAAGGAACGUAAGGAGGAGGAUGCUGGCAGCUGAUUCGUAG